AUGCCGCCUCCCUCCAACUCCAGCACGAGCAGCGUCUUCCUCCAGUCGCCCAAUGCCAUACCCCCGCGAACAUCUUCCACCGGCCAGCACGCCACCAGUCCCGCCCUCUUAGCAGCAGCAGCAGGGACAACCUCACCUUCGUCGAGGUCCUCCGUCCUCCGCCCAGUGCCCGAGGGUGACUGGAUCGGCUCCGGCACGCCGCCGCACCACUACCACUCGCGGUCGCCCCCGACCUCGUCCUCCAACUCCAAGCGUCCGCGCCGCUCCUCACUGCCCUCGACCUCGUCGAUCCUCGCCAGCAUGGCCCAGAAACCAACUCCACCUGAUCCCUCACGGUACGCCCACGACGACUUCAACUUCAUUGGCGGCCGCAAGAGCUGGGCCCCGGACAAGGAUCGUGUCAUCAUGGGGCCCUUUGAGUACCUCAACGAGCAGCGCGGCAAGGAUUUCCGGUCGCAGCUCAUCGCCGCCUUCAACUCCUGGCUCGACGUGCCGCCCGCCAGCAUCGAGGUCAUCACAAAGGUCGUCGGCAUGCUGCACACGGCCUCGCUGCUCAUCGACGACGUCGAGGAUAACAGCCUGCUGCGCCGCGGGCUACCCGUCGCCCACUCACUAUUCGGCGUGCCCCAGACCAUCAACUCGGCCAACUACGUCUACUUCUGCGCCCUCGAGGAGCUGCAGAAGCUCAAGAACCCCACCUGCGUCGCAGUCUUCGCCGACGAGCUGCUCAACCUGCACCGCGGUCAGGGCAUGGAUCUCUUUUGGCGAGACACCCUGACCUGCCCCUCCGAGGACGAGUACCUCGAGAUGGUCGGCAACAAAACCGGCGGACUGUUCCGGCUGGGCAUCAAGCUGAUGCAGGCCGAGAGCGCGCGCUCGACCCCCAUCGACUGCGUCCCCCUCAUCAACCUGAUCGGGCUCAUCUUCCAGAUCCGCGACGACUACCAGAACCUGCGGUCGGCCGAGUACAGCGACAACAAGGGGCUAGCCGAGGACCUGACCGAGGGCAAGUUCAGCUUCCCCGUCAUCCACGCCGUGCGCGCCGACCCGACCGACCUACGCCUGCUCAACAUCCUGCGCCAGCGAACCGCCGACGACGAGGUCAAGCGCUACGCCGUCGCCUACAUGGAGGCCGUGGGAAGCUUCGACUACACCCGCGCCGUACUCGACGUCCUCGUUGCCCGCGCCCGCCGCGUCGCCGACGAGAUUGACCGCGUUGUUGCCGCUGGGGAUGAGUCUUGCGGGAGGAACAAGGGGAUCGGCGCGAUCUUGGACAAGAUGGUUAUUGGCGGCCCGGGCGAGAUGCAUUUCCCUGCUAAGAAGAACUGA